GAGCCACAAUGGAGGUGUUUUCUUCCCGUGACAGUCGGGUGCCUGGCAGGUGAUUAGCACAGUGAAGCUCCUCCUCAGCCAGCUACGUAGGAGAAACCUGGACAACUGCGUUAAAAGACGAGGUAAUAUUCUACAGAAUGUUUCUUAUUUGCUGUAUUUUUAUUUUCUUCUCGCAGGUGACCUUAUAUAAGAUGGCGUGGAGUGCGUUUAGCUUUACCUGUACAUGAUGCUGGUAAACGUAGCUUGUAUUUGCUAGCUGGCAACCUGACUAAUACGCGCACUCCAAAUCAGCUUUUCUCGGAAAGAAAUGUGUGUGUGUGGUGACAAACAUUGUGCUACCAUCUGUCAAACAAACGUAAGCUAGUGACUGCUAGUAAGAUAGCAGUCACUUGCCUUGCCACAUCGUAUAUCCCCGGGUGAAAGGGGAAACCAUGUAAGUUUGUUCAGCUUAAGCUGAGUUAGCUGACCUGACACUGUCAUUCAAUUCAUAGAGAGCACAGUGAUAGCUGUCUGCUGUGUUUAGUGCUUAUAAAAGUUGGCCUGUUACACAGGAAGCUGUGCAAAAAAUGGAUUUAAUGUUUCAUUGUAUUAUUCGCAUCGUUCAAUGUUAGUGACAGAAAGAAGUGCAUGGUUUGUGUGUGUUAUCUAAGUCUGCUGGGUGUAAAUGAUCUAAAUGGUUUGACAGCAUCUGUGUCUGCUCUUUUCCACUCGAAGGAUUUUUGCAGGUCAAAAACCACCAAGAUGGAUACCUCAAAACUUCCCAAGAUCCGGGACGAGGAGCGAGAGAGCCAGUUUGGAUAUGUGCAUGGAGUUUCUGGACCAGGUCUGAUUUAGAUCUCUUCUGUUAAUGCAGCUUCAUCUCAUCACAAUUAGGGCUGGGCGAUAUGGGAAAAAACUUAUCACAAUAUGUUUUCUUCAUAUCAGUUGAUGUCGAUAUAUAUCACGAUAUAAAAAUGAAAUUUAUCAGUUCUUAUUGGCAGCAUGUCUUUUGUAAUAAAAUAAGCUCCUGCAUCUGUGAGGUCUUUGUGUCUCUUUGACGUUUUGUCAUAAGGUGUUGCGCUAGAGAAAGCAGACUGAAUAGUCGGCUGUUUCCGCUGCACAGGCGCCAUGGGCUCCUAGCUCCGCUUGGAGUGUGUAACCUUUGGCAUUGCCCGUGCUCUGCCGCGUGUCACUGCUUCAGGUGGUGAAAAAGAUUAGCGGUAUUCUCUGACUUUGCGAGAACAUGUACUCGACAUAAGUUGCAGUGCACAUUACUCUGCUUCAUGUCUGACUUAAAAAAAAACAAAAUACCUCCACACCACCGACGUUAUCAUGCCAGUGUUGUCGACGAUGUUGUCAUCUGUUCAGCCUUCAUCUGCAUUUCUGCCGGGGGUAGCACUCAUUUUCUUUAUUUCUCACUGACUGUGCUGUUGGCUUCACGUGUUAAAGUUCUAUGGUUGCGUGUAGCUGCAGCCUGAUACUACACAGUUCUUUGCUACUUGGAUCUAAUCCAGCACAUGAUUGGUUCAGCACGAAUUGGACCUGGAGCAACUCCCCUUUUCAUUGGCUAGUCAUAUAGUCUACCAAAACAUGGCAGAAUGCAGACUAUCGAAAAGCAUAUUGACCAUGUUUUAUAUCGAUAUCGAGGGAAAUUAAUUUUUGAUGUACAUCGUUAUCGUUCUAUCGCCCAGCCCUAAUUACAAUAGGUUAUUUAUACCAGCAAUAGUGGGAUAGGUGUACAUAAAACCCUGUAGUUGCCUUCAAGCCUGGAUUGCAUCACAUCACGAUCUAUAUAACUUAACUACAUAUAGAAUAAGCAACCAGAUAUUUAAGUUUCUGUAAAAAUCCUCUUCAAAUCAAGAUACUUCAAGCAGAUCUGGUACCAGGCCUAACACACUGGUAUAAACUGAAGAGAGCGAGCCAUUAUAUAACUGAAUAAAAGUGUAUGCUAGUACACCUAUAUAGGCUAGAUCAGCUCAUUAUAUAAAUGCGUAUGAUAUUUUUGCCCAUCCCUGAGUGAUUCAGCAUCACUAAGUCCUCCUCUGAAUCCUUUUUACUGUUUGUGAUGAUAAAAUUUAUGAACACUAACAAUUUAGGGGACAUAUACUUUUUAUACAGGCCUCGUUUAUGUGAGUUUACUUGCUCAAAAUGAUUAAUUCCAUUGAUUUACAGUGGUGACAGCAACUGCGAUGGCGGGAGCUGCCAUGUACGAGCUGGUUCGUGUGGGUCACAGUGAGCUGGUGGGGGAAAUCAUCCGUCUAGAGGGAGAUAUGGCAACUAUCCAGGUCUACGAGGAGACAUGUAUCCUUUUUAAACCUUCCUUAAAUGCGUAACAACAUAUGUCAAGAUCUUUCGUAUAUCUAAACUCACAUAUUUGGUGUAAUAGAAGAUUAAUUUUGAGCCAAUUUACUGAGUCUGAACUUGAUGAGCUUGCUGCCUUUGUUGUUUUCCCUAACUUGAUUCUUUCAGCUGGUGUGUCUGUUGGCGACCCUGUCCUUAGAACUGGAAAACCCCUCUCUGUAGAGUUGGGACCAGGAAUCAUGGGCUCUAUUUUUGACGGUAUCCAGCGUCCACUGAAAGAUAUUAAUGACCUAACUCAAAGUAUCUACAUCCCCAGAGGAGUGAACAUUGGGGCUCUAAACAGAGACAACAAGUGGGACUUUUCUCCCAGCCAGAGUCUGCGGGUAAACAAACAGUUUCAGCGUAAUGUAGACUUUGGUGUUUCUUCUGCAGCUGUUUGAACUAACUUCACCUGAUCUCCUCCUCAGGUUGGCAGUCAUGUGACAGGUGGAGACAUCUAUGGCAUGGUGUUUGAAAACUCACUUAUUAAGCACAAGCUGAUGCUUCCACCUCGCAACAGAGGCACCGUGACGUACGUCGCCCCACCAGGGAACUAUGACAUCUCUGUGAGUGUUGAUGUAGAAGCUGUAUACUCUUCCUCAGGGUCAACACUUCCCUGACUGUUCAAUUUUGAUCUUGUUGCAUCCAGGAUGUGGUUCUGGAGCUUGAAUUUGAAGGCGUGAAGGAGAAGUUCACCAUGGUGCAGGUGUGGCCGGUACGACAAGUACGCCCUGUCACAGAGAAGUUACCUGCCAAUCACCCACUACUGACCGGUCAAAGAGUUCUGGACGCUCUUUUCCCGUGAGUACUUUUUAAAGAGUGCAUCAUGAAACUCCUGUCUCUGUGGUUCUUCAGCAAGUAACUGGUUUGUGGUCACUUGUUUAAUGUUGUGUGAGUCUGAUAGCUGAAAAUGAAACUGUUUGGUCUUUUGUGAUGCACAGUUGUGUGCAGGGCGGCACUACUGCUAUACCAGGCGCCUUUGGAUGUGGAAAGACUGUGAUUUCUCAGUCUUUGUCAAAGUACUCCAACAGUGACGUCAUCAUUUAUGUCGGCUGUGGUGAGCGUGGAAAUGAGAUGUCUGAGGUGCUGAGGGAUUUCCCUGAGGUGAGCAGAAGAAGAAGAAAGGUUUUAACCUAUAAAAUCCCCAAUGAAAUUAUUUCUUUCCCAUAUAAAUUUAACUUGGAAGAUCUCAGCCCCCGUUAAAGGGAUAUUCCGGCAUAAAAUUAAUUUAGGGUCAAACACACCGUAACACCAAGUUAGACACCCCGUUGAGAAAUGAAUGUUGCCGACCGCUUGCUUCUCUAAUUAUACCAACUUUAGUGUAAGAUAGCAACACACAGCAGUCUAAGGAGCCAUAAACAAACAACAUUCAUCUCUCGAGGGGGUGUCUAACUCGGUUUUAAGGUGUGUUUGACCCUAAAUUAAUCUCACACCGGAAUAUCCUUUAAGUGAUAAAUUAAGAUAUUAUUUAUAGCUACAGGAGUUUUGUCCUUGUAUUUCUUCUGUAAUGCAAACAAUGCUGUUGCUUUACAGCUUACUAUGGAGGUCGAUGGAAAGGUGGAGAGCAUCAUGAAGAGAACAGCACUGGUUGCCAACACAUCCAACAUGCCUGUGGCUGCCAGAGAGGCCUCUAUUUAUACUGGUACAAACCAAACAUAUUAUCAGAUACAACCUAAUUGUUCAUUUUAUAAGCUUCAACAAAACUUGUUUCCAACCAAAGUUAAAGGUACAAUGUGUAGAAACCGGAAUAUUCAGUGAUAUAUGAUGGCCAGGUUCCAAACUGACAUGCUUCUUUGCUCACUGCUUCCUUUGCGGAGGCAACAGUGACCUUCAAAGACAAGUAGCUCCUGUGAACAAUGAGUUUGAUGAAUAAGUUUGAUCCUCUCUUUGUCAAACUUUAACGAUCAUAACAUACACCAUAUUAAUUGCGUUGUAGACAACAACCACUGUCCUAAUAGUCUUUCAAUUGAUGUAUCUCGUGGCCAUUCUCUCUAAAAACAAAAAUAUUAACAUAAGAGGCUCAUUCUUAGAUAAAUAACAAAAAACAAUGUGCUCUUUACAUUCAAGUUAUUAUACACAAUUUAACCUAAUACACUAUGAAGACUGUCUCUUCUCUCAGUGAAUGACUGGGAAACAUCAAGUGCCAUUGUAAAUAUUAUUAUAGCAGUAGUUAUCAAGUAAAUGCCUGUUAUUUCUGUUACUAAAAGCCUAAAGAAUCCAUUACAUACACCUUAAUGUAAACUAAAUGAAUUAAUUAACCCCUGCAGGGAUCACUCUGUCUGAGUACUUCAGAGAUAUGGGCUAUAAUGUGAGCAUGAUGGCUGACUCCACAUCUCGAUGGGCUGAAGCUCUGAGAGAAAUCUCUGGAAGAUUAGCUGAAAUGCCUGCUGGUAAGUCAAAGAUGGAUGCAAGUGUCUUCAACAACACUUCCAGACAACGCUGAUUGAAGCAGUUACAGCAGUAUACGUCUUUUGUCUACAGACAGUGGAUAUCCUGCUUACUUGGGUGCCAGGCUAGCUUCUUUCUAUGAGCGCGCGGGACGUGUGAAGUGCCUGGGAAAUCCAGAGAGGGAAGGCAGUGUCAGCAUCGUGGGAGCGUGAGUUGAUCAUAUUAAUACCUCUGUUAGUUAAAUCAGCUGCACACAGUGACUUAGAGUCGGUGCAUUCGAACUACAAAGUGGUGGUUUGGAGUGAGCUAUUGUAGCAGCCAGCUGAUUUCAGCAACAAUGAAAAUGAACUGGCAAAACCUGUUUCCUGUGUGUAUUCAGGCUCCCACCACCUGUCAAAUGUCUAGAUUUAGAAACUCUUUUGUUUUGGCCUUAUUGUCUUUGUAUUAUCCAACCUAUGAUAGUUGGAAAAAAAUAAACUCAUAGUUACAACACAAGAUCUUGUAACUGAUAAACAGAUAUAGCUCUUUUUAGACUCAGCUUCUUUGACAGCUUCAUAAUUAGCUUAAAUAACUUCAAACAUCUUUUUUUCAUAUGGGACAAGAAAGGAGAUAGCCUCGAGACGGAACAUCAUCAAUUAUUCAACUAACUUUUUCCUAAAUACUGUGUGUGCCUCUCAGUGUGUCUCCCCCUGGUGGAGAUUUCUCAGACCCUGUCACAUCAGCUACAUUGGGCAUUGUUCAGGUAAGUAAGUGCAAACAGCUCUUAAUCGCUUCAUUUGGUAUAGUUUAAAUUUUGCAGUCAGUACUUUGUUCUCCAGCCUUUCUGAGUGUUUUCAACCUUUGCUCGUAUUCUUUUUUCUUUUUAGGUGUUUUGGGGAUUGGACAAGAAGUUGGCCCAGAGAAAGCAUUUCCCUUCUGUAAACUGGCUGAUUAGUUACAGCAAGUACACACGAGCUCUGGAUGAGUAUUACGACAAACAUUUCCCUGAGUUUGUUCCUCUCCGUACCAAAGCCAAAGAGAUUCUACAGGAGGAGGAGGAUCUGGCUGAAAUCGUACAGCUUGUAGGCAAGGUAAACCAGAUUAUAUUGGAUUCUGUCAUACACCUGGAUCAGAUAUUUUUCAUUUUUAGAGAGCUGUCAUAUUAAUCAGUUAACCCAGUCAAUUCCCAGCUUAGAAAGAAAGUGUACUGAUCAGCAUUUUGUUUGUUUACAGGCCUCUCUUGCUGAAAGCGACAAGAUAACUCUAGAGGUAGCAAAGCUCAUAAAGGAUGACUUCUUGCAGCAGAACGGUUACACCCCGUAUGACAGGUGAGGAAAAAACUAUUUACUGAAUACAAAACACUUUUAAGAAUCAAUAAGAGGCUUUCAAACCUUCCAAAUAUAAUUUUUUUUUUAAUAAUUGGGGGCAAAAACAGCAAUAAACUAUAUCCAUUCAGGGCUUGACACUAACUUUUUUCACAAGGAGCACAUGUUCUCCUAAGUUGAAAAAGUAAGGAGCACACAAAGAACUUUAGGGCCACAAUGAAAAUUGAUCAAAUAAUGUGUGUCUUAUUGGUCGAUAUAAGUACUAUUAUUUAAAAUUAAUAUUAGGUCAAUUGGUCAUAUGACAUGGAAGCUAUUGAAGGAAAACAGCGUUUUUUGAGAACAUCGUAAUUUGUUGAUGGUCUCUUAUUCAACACCCGACGUUGACGGCGAAGGUGCAGAGUAGAUUUAACCACGCUGUUGUUGCUUUUCCCGGUUAUGAAGAGAGAGAGAAGACACCGGUAGAUCUGCAGUGAAUGUCCAUCGAAUACCUAACCUAAAGCCACAGUAUUUACAUGAAAAAAUAUUUGUUGCCUCGACUGAUUUUUUUAUGCCCACUUGUGCCCUUAAAUACAUUUUACAAUUCGCACACAUCUAUAUUUAGUCACAAGUGCCAGUGAAACGGACACGCUGUCAAGCCUUGCCAAUGUUACCAAUUUCCAGAAAUCACGUAUACUUUUGAAUCUGGGUUAUUUAAGACCCCAAUGGACAUCACAUCGAGAGUUACUUUGAUGAAAUCCUUCUCUACAUUAAAAUGUUCUCUUCCAAACAUUGAGUCUGUAUAUUGGACUUCUGCUCCCACUCACAGGUUCUGCCCUUUCUAUAAAACUGUCGGCAUCCUCUCAAACAUGAUCGCUUUUUACGACAUGGCCCGACACGCCGUGGAGUCCACAGCACAGAGCGAUAACAAAAUCACCUGGGCCAUGAUCAGGGAGCACAUGGGAGAGACGCUUUAUAAAAUCAGCUCCAUGAAGUUCAAGGUACAUUAUUGUUCCUCAUUUUUGUCAUUUUUUUAGAAUUUAUUUGGUUAUCAGGUUUAAUUAGACUACCAUCUUUUCAUUGAUUCUUACAGGAUCCUGUGAAGGACGGGGAAGCUAAGAUCAAAGCUGACUUUGCCCAGUUGCUGGAGGACAUGCAGAACUCCUUCAGGACCCUGGAGGAAUGAGUCUGUUAUCUUCUUGUCCCCUUCCCAAAUAUCCAAACCCCAGUGCAGUGCGACAUAGUACAGUUAAAAAGGCCCAGUCUGCCUCAGUUGUGUGACCUCAUUUUAUUUUUCUGUGUUUACGUACCCUUAAACAUUCCAUGCCCUGCACAAAUACCCCCAUCAUGGAGUUGUGACUCAUUUACUCCAGAGACACAGUACUUGACUCUCCUAAGACAUUCAAAGAUAAAGCUUUUGUUUCAAAUGUAGCAUCAUCUUCACUCAGUCCAAUCCAAAGCACUUACAGAAUGCUACAUUAUUGUGUUGUGAGUAAAUUCAGUGGGCCCCAAUCAGGUGCUGUACUUGCACUUAAUUUAAAGCUGCAACAAAGAGUGGAAGAGCUGUGUCUUUUCUCCUAGUAUGACAGUGAUCAUAUCAGACAACUCAUCUCUAACAGGAACGUCCCUCUGAAAGGGAGGCGAUGCACUGUUGCUGUAUAUCAGGGGGUUAAAGAAAAUCUCCCACCUCUUACCUCUUUGGUUUGAUAGUGAUGUUGUGAAGUAUAUACUUGACAUUCUGUGUAAAAAUGUGAAUGAAUGUUUCUGUUAGGGUUGUGUUGCACCAGAUGUCUCACUGUUAUCUCGAUGUGUGUUACAGUCUACAGAAAUAAAUGUGGAAAAAACUGAC